GAGCUUUUCUCUCUCUAUUAUGCUAGCAGACAACCGUUCAGUCUGUUUUGCAGGUCCUCACACCAGUCAAGUAGUGGUCAACAAGGGCUUGUGAAGCUGCUCAAACAGAUUUUGAUUUCGCGUUAUCCUUUGUGUCUUCUCCUUCGAAUCUCAUCAAGUACUCCAGGAAACAAUCGAGGGAUUUGGGAGGUGUGGUUGAGCAGCGGGAGAGUCCUUUUGCUCCAAAGCCGCAAACAUCAAGGCUGCAGCCUUGUGCUACGCUGUUGCCACCACAAUCGCUUUUUAGCUCCGAGCCAUUGGCACUUGGUUAAGCAUCGAAGCUUAGGAGAACAUCAGCUGUGCUAAGGACAAUAUUUGUUAUACCAGUGAACGACAUAACUUGCAGCCAGAAAGGUUAGAGAUUUUCUCAUUUACCCUCCUUUUGCUCAACUGACAAGUACUAGGCCUACCAGAACAGGCUGGUAAAACCCAGACCCAACUUCAAUUCUCCCUUUCUCUGCAUUUCAUUUUAUUCUAUGCCUUUGAUGGUAAUUCAUUAUGGCUUCAGAACUGAUUUUACUUGCAUCCUAUGAAGCCAAAAACCAACUACAGCUCUCUCUUAAGAAAGCCUUUGAGCUUCUUGAAUCAAAACUCAGACCACCUUUUCCCUUAACAAUCUCAAACCCAGAAGAAUACAUGCAUCUCAAUCAGGCGAUUCUUUAUGGGGUUUUAUGUGAACCCCAUAAAGCAAAGGUCCACAUGAAGCACUUACAUGCUAUUGUAACUGAUGGGUAUGAGUUAUUUUUGAGUUUGCUUGUCAAAAUUGUCAAUGAAUUGUAUCUGAAGCUUGUUGAUUCUGCUAAAAAUCAGUUGAUUUGGGUUACUAAGGAGAUGGUUGAUGUUUCAGCAAUUGGUAUUGAUGGUCUGCUGGUGUGUUUAGUGAGACAAGUUGUUGGUGCUGAUUUUAGUGAAGGGAAUUUGUGGUUGUGCUCUGAGUUAGCAAAUCUUUUUUUGUGUAAAUGGGAUUGUCUAUUAGAAGAAGAGCCGUUGGUAAUGACUAGUGCAUUGUAUGCUUAUCUUCGUUUAUUAGCUGAUCAUUGUAGAUUAUCAGUUGAUGUGAAAUUAGAUGCCUUGAAGCAAUUGGAGAUUAAGUUUUGUGUCAAAUUGUUGAGGGAACAAUUUCAUUUAUGUUUGAAAAUAGGGAGGGAUCUUAUUCGGUUACUACAGGACUUAGUUCAUGUACCUGAGUUUAAAGCUAUUUGGAAAGAUUUGGUGUUAAAUCCUGGCAAAUUUAGGGCUACUGGAUUUUUGGAUAUUUCUCAAUUAUACAGAACAAGGACCUCUGGUUGUUAUUUCUUACUCCGGAUCACUCCAGAAAUGGAAACUCAGUUGCGGUUUUUACUCUCAUGUGUGAAGUUUGGGAGCCAGAAGCGUUACCAGGCAUGGUUUGCAAAGAAAUUUCUUUUAAGGCCAGGGGGGGAAGCUGUUGUAGUUGAUAUUGUUCGUUUCAUAUGUUGUUCACACCACCCAUCUAAUGAAGUUAUUCAGUCAGAUAUAAUUCCCAGAUGGGCUGUAAUAGGUUGGUUACUAACAUGUUGUAGAAAAAGUUACUUUGAAGCUGUUGCGAAGCUGGCAUUGUUUUAUGAUUGGCUGUUCUUUGAUGAAAGAGUUGACAAUGUCAUGAAUAUUGAGCCUGCAAUGCUGUUGAUGGUAUAUUCCAUGCCAAAAUACAUGAAAUUGACUCACUCGCUUCUUGAGUUUUUGUUGCUGCUUGUGGACAAUUAUGAUUUAGAUCGCAAGAGUAUUAUAGUUAGAGGUGUGUCAUCAGCUUUUGGUACACUUGUUCAGAAAGGAGUGGUUUGUUCAAUGGAUGUUCUGACAUGUUGUGAUGUGCUUUCUCCUUUUCUAAGAGAAAGGCUUCAAAACUUCUUGUUAGGUUCUAAUGUGGGAGCUCCAAAAGAUUUGCAACCAGUUGGUGUUCCUGCUGACCCUAUGCCACUUUUGAGUUUGCCUGAUAUGUCUAUAAUGGUAACCCCCGCUGCAUCCCAAAAGAGGAAGUUGCAAGCAAGAGGUGAGAUGGAUUGAGCAACAGAGCAGUUUAUGCUUCUAAUUGAUCUGAGGCUCAUUUUUCUCUUCCCCAGCUUUUGGGCAACCUACUUCACUAGCGAAGGAUCACCACUCAGAAAUCUAUAUAACUUAUCUGGUAUGUCAACUUGCAU